AUGGAGAUCCCCGCACUACGCUUCACAGUGAAGCCUCGGCCCGCCAGCUGCCGCAAAGGUAAUGCCUCCAAGGGCAGAUGGCGAGUUCAACAGAUGCAGGAGGCCUUGGGCUCUGUGGGCAAGGUCAUCCGGGUCCGGCAGGCCCUCCAAGAGGGUGAUGCUGUGUGGGUGGACUAUCCAGACGUGGAAGACGAGCUCCACCAGGGUGAUGAAUGUUGGAUACUUCCUCGCCUUCACGAGACGGUGGAGAUUGAUGAGCAAGUGCCAGCUGCAAUGCAGCUGUUACAAGCAUAUGCAGAGCUGUAUAGAGUGGACGGCGAAACCCGCCGUGUUUCGGUGCAAGAAACCGCCCACGGUUUAUUGGAUUUCAUGCAAUCCUUCGAUUUGACCAAUGAGGACUUGGCGUGUGACCUCCUGCCCGCGGUCGCGGUUCGCGGACGCGGGCCAAUGCCAAAGGCGCACGCGGCAUCGCUUUGUUCGGCCUCCACGGCUGAAUGCUUGGUCAACCACCUAUGGAAAGAGAGUUCCUCAGACCAGGAGCUUGAGGACGCUUGCAGAAGUCUGGGCAUUUUCCAGGAAGAGACCUUUGGACUGGUUGCUUUGAACUUGCGUCAGACCCUAAAGGUCAGCCCAGUGGCCCUGGUGCAUGAAGGGCGGUUUGAAGUCGAAAGCCGCAAGAGCAUCCUGUUUCCAGGAGGAUGGCUGAUCUUUCUUCGACCACACAACACCGAUUUGACGGUCCUGGACCAUCUGGAACACCUGCCAUCCAAGUGCAGCUUGGUCACUCCUCGUUGGCAGCGCCGGAACCGGCCCAGCGGCCCGGCGACGUGGCGCUCGGCUUCCAUGUCUGAAUGGGCGCGCGAGAAGCUGAAGGCGUGUCUUGAUUGCUUGGAUGCGAAGCGAAAGCACAAGAAGAAGACGAAGAAGCCAUGUCCUCCCACCGUCGACGAGAACGAGGAGACGGUGAGCGUGGCAAACACGGAGGAUUUUGAGGAUCGACCCAACCUUCAUCCCAGCCUGCAGGAACUCAAGCUCCUCCACGCGGCGCUCCGCGACGAGCCGUCCACCGACGCUAGUUCCGGUGACGCGCUGGGCGACGAGCUCCGCUCGGAGCCCUCCGAGCGCAGCAGCGGCUGGGUGGAGAGUUGCGGGAUUAAGAUUUCUGCCAUGGAGCCGACCACCUUCCUGAUCACUGAAUCCCAGAAGGAAGUGAUGGCACAAGUGAUGAAUUGCGAGCCGUUUACCGUUGACGAGCUUCUGGGUACAGCUGCAAUGAACGCGGACGCGAAUGGCGUGGAAGUGAAAUACAUUGAGUCUCUGAGCAUUCUCAGCAUCGAGGAAUGCGAUCUCAAAAAGGAUGAAGCAGACAAAGCAAAGCUUUUUGCCUUGAGCGAAACAGAAGCGGAUGUUUCAAGCUUCACUUUCCCCACUAGCAUUGACGUCUAUUCGUCUUCUCUGAAGGUGUCAAUCGUGGACCUGGGGGUGCAUGUGGGAGUAUCCUUGGCUUCAGGUGGAAAGCACUAG